CUCUCCAUCCGUCCAUCCUCCACUCUAAGCCCCACUCCAUCCCUUCCUUAAGGAUCAAACCACACACUCUCUCUCACACACACACAUCCCCUUCUCUUUCCUUCUAUCUGGACCACUUGGAGAAAAUGUAAGGACACAAAAGUGGGGGAAAUAGGGAAGAGAGAGAAAAGCGUAUCAAGGAAUAGACAAACAGGGGACAAGAGGAGAGCAUAAGAAGAAGAAGAGUAGGGGAGGACUUUAUUGGAUGACAGAUCAGGGGAAGGAGUACCAGACUCAGACGGAGCAGCACAGCCGGACACAAUCACUUGUCUGCUCCAUCAGUCCUGCAGGUGGAUCCACAGAUACGUUCCCGUAGCAACAGCCCCAACAUGGCUGCCUGGAACAGCAAUGGUUCACAGAACUCCGUGGCCCACCUCGACCCCCUCAAGGGCACCGUCCUGAGGGACAGCAUGGGUGGAGGAAAGGGGGGAGAGAGGGGGAAAGACCUGUCCAGGGAUGACCUUGUGUUCCUCCUCAGUAUAAUGGAGGGAGAGCUACAGGCCAGAGACGAGGUGAUCACGUUCCUGAAAGCAGAGAAGAUGGAUUUGGCUCUGUUGGAGGCCCAGUAUGGCUUUCUCACCCCAGUAGAAGUGCUCCGGGCCUUGCAGAGAGACUCACUCCAGGCCCAGGCUUCUGAGGCCCAGGUGGCCCCACAGCAGGAUGUCUACGAGAAACCCAUGGCUGAGCUGGACCGGCUGGUGGAGACUGGAAAGCAGAGCUACAGGCGGAUGCUGGAGCAGCUGCUGCAGGUGGAGUGCUCCCACAGUGGCGCCCUCUGCAGGCUGGAGGAGCAGGACCAGCAGCACCGUGCCUUCCUGCAGCGCAGCGAUGACCUCACCUGUCUACUGGAGCAGGACCGCGAGAGGCUGAAAUUACUGCUCAUCCAGGAGAAAGCCUACUGGGAAAGAAAGGAGGAGGAGAGCAAUAGAGAGGUCUCUGCUUUAAAGGAAGAGCUGACUAAACUCAAGUCUUUUGCAUUGUUGGUCGUUGACGAGCAGCAGCGCCUGACGAAUCAACUUUCACAGCAGAGCAAACGUGUCCAGAAACUGACAGAAAUCGCCGACCACGCCCAACAGGAGCUAAACUCCACCCAUUCCAGGGCAAAGGAGGAGGAGCUUAAAUCACUUCGUCUGGAGGCGGAGCUACACAAACAAGCUUCCUACUUCCGCCUCAAACAGGAAGCCAUGAUGGCCAAACUGUCCAAUGAGGACACCCAGAACCGGCAGCUGCGUCAGCGGUUGGCUGCCCUCAGUCGAAAGCUGGAUGAGCUGGAGGGGACCAAGGGCGCCUUCCAGAGGGCCGAGGAGGAACUGAAGGAGCUGAGGGACAGGCUCGGCCAUGGGAGAGAAGGGUGCGCAACAACCCCUGGUUUGCUCUCAGAGGUGGAACAGCUGAGGAUGAGGGUGGUGGAGAUGGAAGGAAAGGAUGAGGAGCUGAUCCGAAUGGGGGACCAAUGCCGGGACCUGGACCGAAACCUUGGGAGGGAGUCCAGCCAGAGUCGCAGCCUGAAGGCCGAGGUGGACAAGCUGAACGGCCGAAUCAGUGAGCUGGACAGACUGGAGGAGGCUCUUGGCAAAAGCAGGCAGGAGUGCAGCUCUCUGAAGGGCAGCCUGGAGAAGGAGAGGGCCAGCACCAAGCAGCUGUCUGGAGAGCUGGAUACCCUCAGGGUGCGGGUAAGGGAACUGGAAGCCAUCGAGGGCCAGCUGGAAAAAUCUGAGGGGGUGUUGAGACAGGACUUUGCCAAGCUGAGAACACUCACAGUGGUAGUGGUUGAAGAGAGGAAGAACAUGGCUGAGCGACUCAGGCAGACAGAGGAGAAACUCCAGGAGAAGAAGGAUGGGAAACUCCAGGCUGAGAGUGACAGCGUCUCAACAGCCACAGAGAAACUCAUUGAGGAGAGCCGCAAGGCACUGAGAUCUAAAGCAGAGCUCGAGGACAGGAUUCAGAGUGUGGCGAAAGAGCGGGACGUGCUACGGGUGAGGCUGAGGGCAGAGGAGGAUAGGAGUGGGGAUCUGCAAAGCAAAGUUAGUGCCAUGAAAAAAAGGAUUCUGAUCUUGGAGGUCAAAAAGGGGGAGUUAUGUCGAGAAGUCAAGAGCCCCCUGUUGGACAACACUAACCACGGCUACCAACAGGAAGACAACAAAGUCAAAGAACUCACCCAGGAGGUAGAUAGACUGAGGAGGAGACUCAUGCAGAAGGGAGUGAUAGAGGGAGAGCUGAUGAAGGCAGAGGAGGACUUUGAGUCUUUGGAGAGGAGGUGCUCCAAGGAGCAGGAGAGAGCCAGAGCUCUGGCAGUGGAGCUGGAGGAGUCCAGGAGGGAGCUCUCCAAGUACCAGCUGGCUGAGAAGAAGGAGAACAACCAGGAGCACCUCCUCCUCAGGCGACUCCAGGAGGAGCAGGUCAAGUCUGUCCUCCUCAAAAGGGAGGUGGAGGCACUCAAGGAGAAGGUCCAGAGGCUGAUGGGGACAGAGGAGUCCAUCUGUCGAGUGCAGAUGGACAGCUCCACCCUGCAGAAGAGGCUGACCCAGCAGGAGGUCAGGAACAGGGAGCUGGCCAGGGAGAUGGAGGGACUGACCCAUGAGUUGGAAAGGUACCGGCGAUUCAGCAAGAGCCUCCGGCCAGGCAUGACUGGCCGAUGCUUCUCAGACCUGCAUCUGUGCACCAAGGAGGUGCAGACGGAGUCCGCAGACACCCUGCCACCUGACUACAGGAGCCUGACUCCGCGGACUCUCAGCGGUAAACUGUAUGAGGAGAUCGAUGGAGAGGACCCAAAUCAAAAGAAGGAUUGUGUCAUCAAUAAGUGCAACUCACCUCCGCUGAACAACAUUGAAAGCUUGAACCACCAAAACAAUAAUGUGAGGCGCUUCAGCAUUCCUUCACCCAACGGCAAGGACAAUCACCAUCCCAUUAACUGCAAAGUGUCGAACAGUAACUUUUUCCAGAAAGGAGAUGUGAUGCUUGCACACACCCCAGGGAAGCCCUUACACAUCAAGGUAACGCCAGACCAUGGCCUCAACACGGCCAUGCUGGAUAUCAGUAGCCCCACCACUGACAAUGCCUUAUCCUAUACCAGCACCGCCGUCAUCCCCACCAGCGGAGCCCCACCAAAACAGAGAAUCACCAUCAUCCCAAAUGCUGCCAUCUCACCAGUGGCCAGAACAAAGGACGCCCCACUACCAGAAGGGUUUGGCAGCCCAGACAGAGUCCUCUCCCCUCUCAUCAAGACACCCGUCUCAGUCAUGUCCCCAGCUUCCUCCAGAUCAGUGUCGCCUGACCCCACUGGCUCUCCCAUCCAGAUGCUAACAGUCAGCACUGGAUCGCUUGAAUCCGCUAAGGUCAUAGGUCAAGCCGUAUUCCGGGUGAGCCCGGAGAGGCAGAAUGGUUGGCAGCUACAGAGGUCCGACAGCACUGGUCCGAGCAUCAUCACCACAGAGGACAACAAGAUCCACAUCCACCUUGGGAGCCCCUACAUCCAGUCUUUUAAUGGUAUAAGCCAGAGCCAGUCUGGUGGCCCAUACCACACCCCCGGGCUGGAGCUAAGGACACCAGUACUGACCAAUGGCUGCCACGUCAAAGGCAACAGCAAGAUCACCAGUAGCAUCACCAUAGCCCCUGCGAACACCCCUGUCUCACGACCCUCACACAUUACAGUAAGUGGCCCUUAUGAUUGAAAUGCCCGCCCCCGUCCAGCCCCUAGUGACUUAGAUUGUUUACCCAAUCCUGAGUCCCUUUCACCACAAAACCAACAGAGAAUCAGCUCAAACCAGCCUAUGUCUGAACGGCCACAUCAUCCUAAUAAUAACAAGUGUGUGAUUCCAUCAGUGUGUGCAUGAAAAAGCACUUAUCAAACACAUAUCUAAUCCUAUCUGGACUUGGUCUGCACUCACUGUAUAUGGUCACCUUAAUGCAUUUAAGACUACUACUUACAUAUAUAGCCUUUCAUACGUUACUAUAAUGUGUGCAUUACAUUUUUAAACAUGAAAAACAAUUUGGUUUAUUUUGUUCUUCCCGUGUUGCCCAUUCAAUAAAGGGUAUAAAUUCCUGAUGAA